CUACUACAUCGUCAUUAAGUAGAGAACAAACAAGUUUAUCGUUCUAUGAAGAUAAGGCAGACAGUAACGAAAGUAAUAUUUUUCUUAUUUGUGAUAAAAAUGAGAAAUUACUAAACGUAUCAUUGUAGUGUUGAAAGUGCUAAGUGAACAACAAAAUGGCCUUAGGUGGGUGUCAGUUACUAAGGUUUCUAAAUAAAGUUAAGCAUAUUCAUUCAAGAUCGGUGUCCCAACAUUAUCCAAUUGAUGAACACAUUUUUGGAUUAUCUGAUGACCAAAUACAGCUACGUGAAACAAUUUUUAACUUUGCACAAAAAGAGUUAGCUCCUAUAGCCAACGAAAUUGACAAGAAAAAUAAAUUUGAAAACUUAAGAAGUUUUUUUAAGAAACUAGGCAACUUAGGAGCUCUAGGUAUCACUGUAAAUCCUGAAUAUGGAGGUACCGGUGGAAGUUACACUGAUCACGUCAUUAUCAUGGAAGAACUGAGUAGAGCUUCUGGAGCUAUAGGUCUUUCUUAUGGAGCUCAUUCGAAUUUGUGUGUAAAUCAAAUCCAUCGAAAUGGUAGUGAUUAUCUAAAAAAGAAAUAUCUGCCAAAAUUGUGUUCGGGUGAACAUAUAGGAGCUUUAGCGAUGUCAGAAGCUGGUUCCGGUUCCGAUGUAGUGUCUAUGAGGUUGAAAGCAGAAAAGAAAGGAGACCAUUAUAUGUUAAAUGGAAAUAAGUUUUGGAUAACUAACGGACCAGACGCAGAUGUCUUAGUGGUUUAUGCAAAAACAGAUGCUAAAUGUAAGAAAUCACAACAUGGAAUAUCAGCCUUCGUAAUUGAAAAACAUUUUAAAGGUUUUAAAGCUGGUCCAAAGUUAGAUAAAUUAGGUAUGCGGGGUUCAAAUACUUCUGAGUUAAUAUUUGAAGAUUGUGUAGUUCCCAAAGAAAACUUGUUAGGUUCGGAAAAUAAAGGAGUGUAUGUGCUUAUGAGCGGAUUAGAUUUGGAAAGACUGGUCUUAGCAGGUGGGCCUUUAGGUAUAAUGCAAGCUUGUUGUGAUGUUGCUUUUUCUUAUGCACACGUUAGGAAACAAUUCAAUCAACGUAUAGGUGAGUUUCAGUUGUUACAAGGUAAGCUGGCUGAUAUGUACACAACAUUAAGUGCUUGCAGAAGCUAUUUGUACAAUGUAGCGAAAUCUUGUGAUAAAAAAAAGGUAAACAGUAAAGACUGCGCAGGUGUUAUUUUAUACUGCGGUGAAAAAGCUACUCAAAUGGCCCUAGAUUCAAUACAAAUUUUAGGUGGCAAUGGAUUCAUUAAUGAUUAUCCAACUGGAAGAUUUCUCAGAGAUGCCAAACUUUACGAGAUUGGAGCUGGAACCUCAGAAGUUAGAAGACUGGUUAUAGGCAGGGUGAUUAAUUCAGAGUAUUCAUAAAGAAAUAUCUAUUUUUCUUGUAAUAUCCUACAUAUUUCAGCAUAGAAAAAAUUUAAUAACUCUCUAUACAUUCCUUUUUUGUUUUGUUUUUAAUUUUUGUUUUGUCAGCAGUCUAAAUAAAUUAUAAUAUCCUAAAUCUUAAAAACCACACGGUAUUACAUUUUCUAUACCAUUACCUUUAUUGCUUUUUAACGAUUUAAUUAAAAAUAAGGUUAACUGACAUUGUAAUGGCGUAUCAAAAUAUGGCAGUAGAACAAUUAUUUACUAUAUUCUAUUAUGGUAUUAUUAGCGCAUAAGAAAAAUUAUACUUUUUUAAUAUUGAUCUGAAAAUAUUUGCCUGUGAAAUUGUUGUUACUUAUGGGAAUUAACAUAAUUUCAUCUGAAAAUACCUUUACUUUAACGUUUUGAUUUUCACUUCGGAAAUUCUUAAAAUACAAAUUAAAAUUUGUAUUUUGAGAACGAUUUCUGAAAUGGAAAUCGAAACGUCAAAAUAAAUUCAUUUUCAACUGACAUUCUCGUUAAUUUCCAAAAAAUAUAGUAAAUAGUCUUUUAUGUAAAUUUGUCGAACAUUUUUCAUGUUAAAUUAACAUUGUAUUACUGUGUAAAUGUUAUUAAAUCUUCUUAGUUUUCAAAA